CCGGACACUCAGUGGUUUCUUGGUGACACUAGCCGGAACAGCUCGAGCCUUGCCACCUCUGGUUUCUCACCGCGGCUUGGACGGUGGGGUUUUGCCAGUGCCAGAGCGACGUCUCAGACUUUCACCUCCCAGACCUUGGCAGAUCACCCCCUCAGCAGGGUUUGCACAUCGCCGCCGGCAUGAAGCUGGUUCCCGUCGCCCUCAUGUACCUGGGCUCCCUGGCCUUCUUGGGCGCGGACACUGCUCGGCUCGACGUGGCGUCAGAGUUCCGAAAGAAAUGGAAUAAGUGGGCUCUAAGUCGUGGCAAGAGGGAACUUCGGGUGUCCAGCAGCUACCCCACAGGGCUCACUUACGUGAAGGCCGGGCCAACCCAGACUCUCAUUCGGCCCCAGGACGUGAAGGUCGCCACUCACAACCCCCAGGCCAGCAGUCCGGACGCCGCCCGCGUCCGAGUCAAGCGCUACCGCCAGAGCAUGAACAACUUCCAGGGCCUGCGGAGCUUCGGCUGCCGCUUCGGAACGUGCACAGUGCAGAAACUGGCGCACCAAAUCUACCAGUUCACGGACAAGGACAAGGACGGCGUCGCCCCCAGGAGCAAGAUUAGCCCCCAGGGCUACGGCCGCCGGCGCCGGCGCUCCCUGCCCGAGACUGGCCCCAACUGGACUCUGUCCCUGGAGCCACAGGCACGCGCGGUUCCGGCCUCCUCCCGGGUGCAUCAGGUGCUCGACACCCUCCUUAAGAUUUAGGCGCCUGUGGCAGCAGCGAACAGGCGCGCGUAUGCAUCCCGCUGGCUUCCCCUGGGGGCUGAGGGUUUCCCAGAACCGAGCUCCUCAGCCGACGGAGACCGGGCUGAGACAGCCCUGCAGAGACCAGGAGUCCGGUAGGCACCGUCCAGCGGCGAGCCCUGGCUCUGCAAGAGCCCCUUCUCCUCGGAGGCACCGUUCCCUUCCUCCCAAUCGGGCCCAGGUGCCCCGUGGGGGCAGAAGAAUGCGAGGGAGUGUCUGCCAGACUUACGGAGAGGAGAAAAAUUGAGAUACAGAUGCUUGCGACCGCCCCCCCCCCCCCCCCCCCCCCCC